GGCGAUGAAACAAAAGAAAGAGAGAUAUUUGGCACGUGAGGGGCACCUGUUAAUUGAUAUCGCAAGGGAGUGAGUGACGCUGUUUUGACAACAAACCCAAGUAUGGCACUGGCAAUGGCUUGCCUUCAACCUUCCUCAUGGCUCUCUUCCCGACCCACUCUCUUUCCCUCCUCCUCAAAGCCCCACCCUUCAAAGCUCUUCUUUUCUCUCAACCCACCCAAUCCCAAUCCCAAUGCCGAAUCCGAAACCACGACGUCCCCAGUCGACCCGCCAAGUCCUGGGAAUGCCGAAUUGCCUGCUGCUGUUAAGACUGCAAUGGAGAGAGCUAGAGAGUAUAAGCAGAAGAAGAAAGGGACUAACAAAUCUUCAGGUGUUGAAGCAAAUGAGAAAAGCAAGGCAAAAUUGUCAGUGUCGAGCAUGGAUUUUGUGGGACUUGGGUUUGCCGAUAAGAAGGAGGGUAGAGCACUGCCAGCUGGGUUGGUUCCAAUCGCAGACGAUUUUGCUCAGGGCAACUUGCCUGAGGUUGAGAUUAUUGUUGGGGACUCCAGUAAUUUCGGUGCAGCCACACCCAAGCCUCAAGGAGAUGACCCCCCGGAUGAUCUUUACAAGCCAAAGGUUUCUUCAUGGGGAGUCUUUCCCAGACCCAAUGACAUUUCAAAAAGGUUUGGUGGUGGGCGAGUUAUACGCCCCGGGGAAGUGCUUGAAACACAGGAAGAAAAAGCUGCUAAAGAGGAACGAACAAGACAAUUAGUUGCUGCUUACAACACUAAAAUGGGCUUGAACAUUGAUCCCAAGCUCAGAUUGGACUGUGAGAAGACAUUAAAGGAUGGUGACUCAUUGAUGAACGUCGGAAAGCUGAAGGAAGCAUUAUCCUACUAUGAGAAAGUUAUGGAUAAGUUACCAUUCAAGAGUGAGCUUCAUGGGGUGGCUGCUUUACAGUGGUCUAUUUGUCAAGAUUCCCUGACUAGGACAAAAGAAGCUCAAAAUAUGUAUGAGAGGCUUCAAUCCCACCCAACUGCUAGAGUAAGCAAGAAAGCGAGGCAAUUUAUGUUCAGCUUUCAGGCCAUGGAAAUGAUGAAGCUUACAAGGAGUUCACCUUGGAGGAACACUGGCUACCAGAAUUUUUUUGAAGCUUUCAUUGACAACAAAUCUGACUACGUGCUGGAAGAUGGUGAAGUCGAAGUAGGUACUCUGAGUCAGAUUCUCCCUUAUAUUUUUUUCCUUGUUUCUCCGAUUUUUAUAGUGUUACUCAUUGCCAUACAAAAGAGAACAUAAAGGUGUACAUAGAAAUUAACCAGUAAUGGGACCAAGAUACCAAUUAUACCAUUUUAAUUGUAUAUAUCCGAGACAUCACUUCAAAAUUAGACUAAUGAAGCAAUGUGUAUAUUCAAUACAGUGCAACUUCUAUUGUAUUUAA